AUGGAGGGCACCUCACAGUCAGAACACUUCACUGCAGAUCAGUUUCCAAUUGAUGUGAUCCAGGAAAAUUACGUCCGUAAUGUGAGAAACUGCAUUUUUUCAGUUGUCUAUCCUACCCCUUUUAAAUCUAGAGUUCGUCUUGUAGCUGUUUCAAAGGAGGUUCUUGAAAAUAUUUUGGAUCUUGAUAUAUCUGUCAAAGGAACAUCUGAUUUUCUUCAGUUCGUCAGUGGUGGGAAAGUGAUACUUGGGUCUGUUCCAUUGGCCCAUAGGUAUGGAGGUCAUCAGUUUGGUAGCUGGGCGGGUCAGCUGGGUGAUGGAAGAGCCCACUUGGUCGGAGUAUAUACAAACAGGCAUGGUGAGAGGUGGGAACUACAGUUAAAAGGGUCAGGAAAGACCCCAUACUCCAGGAACGGUGAUGGAAGAGCUGUGCUUCGCUCUUCUGUGCGAGAAUUUUUGUGUAGUGAGGCCAUGCACUAUCUUGGAAUUCCUACAAGCAGAGCUGCUAGCUUAGUUGUAAGUGAUGAUGAUGUGUGGAGAGACCAGUUUUACAAUGGAAAUAUUAAGAAAGAAAGAGGUGCAAUAGUGCUACGUCUUGCCAAAUCAUGGUUUCGUAUAGGAUCCUUGGAAAUCUUAGCUCAUUCUGGGGAACUGGACUUACAAAGACGAUUGCUAGACUUUAUCAUCCAGGAACAUUUUCCAUCAAUAGCCGUGAAUGAUUCAAAUAGAUAUCUGGAAUUUUUCUCUACGGUUGUAUCAGAGACUGCAAAUCUGAUUGCAUUGUGGAUGUCUGUGGGGUUUGCACAUGGUGUGUGCAAUACAGAUAACUUCAGUUUACUGUCCAUAACAAUAGAUUAUGGUCCAUUUGGAUUUAUGGACUCCUAUGACCCAAAUUUUGUUCCAAACACAUCUGAUGAUGAAAGGAGGUAUAAAAUAGGAAACCAGGCAAAUGUUGGGCUGUUUAAUCUGAGCAAGCUGUUACAAGCUCUAAAACCUUUACUGGAUCCCAGGCAAAAGCAGCUAGCUUCCCAGAUUUUGGAGGGGUAUGGUGAGCGCUAUUACAUCCGUUUCACAGAACUAUUCAAAACAAAAUUGGGUCUUCUUGGGGAGAAUGAGGAUGAUAACUAUUUGAUUGCUUUCCUCCUAAAACUUAUGGAAGAUACAAAGGCUGAUUUUACAAUGACAUUUCGACAGCUCAGUGAAAUUACUGAAGACCAGUUAAAGGAGCUCCAUAUUCCUGAGGAGUUCUGGGCUCUCCAGGAUCUGGGUAAACACAAGUUAUUUUCAGAAUGGGUUACUAUGUACCUCUUGAGAUUAAAUCGUAACAAGGGUGAUUCAGACACCAAGAGAAGAACAAGAAUGACAACUGUUAAUCCUAGAUACAUACUUAGGAACUGGAUGGCAGAAUCAGCAGUGCAAAAAGCUAAUUUGAAUGAUUUCUCAGAGGUUCAUCUCCUACAACAGAUUCUACAACAUCCCUUUCGGAGACAGCAGGCUGCAGAGAAAGCAGGCUACUCCCUGCGCCCCCCAGCUUGGGCCAAGGAUCUUAAAGUAAGCUGCUCAUCCUGA